AAUGACCCCAGUAUCAGCAAUUCAUUCCAUAAAAAUGUGGCUUGUUUGUCAUAGUUGAAACAAUGAAUCAAGAAGCAUUGUACUAGACUGUUGUUAAAUGGUGUGAGGGCGGCAGAUGUAGGCUAUAUCUGGAUUCCUUGUGCUGGAACUAGCAUUCGUUGUUCUGUUAAAUUACAAAUGUAUAACUGAUGAUGGAGAAUAGUCCGGGUAUUGAGCCAUCAGAGAGAGAGAAGGGAAGGGUUGAAAGAGAAGCAGGGGUCAGAGAGGAGGAGAGACAGAGAGAGAGAGAACUGAGACCACAACUCUCUUUUCAGUCUGGGGUUUUCAGUAGUUUAUUAGAGAUCUAAUGAUAGGUUAUGUUUUCUUUGAUGCAUCCCUGCAAUUAACAGAAGACCUCUCACUCUCUUCAUUUGCUCAGGCCAGGAAACUACACCAGGAUGGACCAUGAGCGAAUGGGAGACCGCGGUAUGGGGGACAUUCACCACCAAUAUGAAGAGGACCACCAGAAUGUCUACAUUGGUGUACCAGUGCCUCGUGGGUACAGACGGAAGCGGAGGCGAAGACGUUCCGCAGGGGCCCGUGAACUCGGAGACGUGGAAAGGUCAGACAGACACUACGACCACCAUAGACACCAUGAUCAGGACUAUGAUGACAGAUACAGAGACAUCGACAUAGAGGAGGGACUCAUGGACCCACACGACCUCCAGGUCCCACAAGACAUCAACCGAACCAUGUCCCCAGCAGCGGAGCGUCUCCGCUACAUUCUGGGAGAGGACGAUGACAUGCCCACCCCCACACUGUUUACUGAGAUGGACACCCUGCAGCAGGACGGGGAAGAUUUAGAGUGGAAAGAGUCUGCCAGAUGGGUGAAGUUUGAGGAGAAGGUGGAAGAGGGAGGAGAGAGGUGGAGUAAGCCACACGUGUCCACCCUGUCCCUGCACAGCCUGUUUGAGCUCAGGACGUGUCUACAGACCGGCACUGUGCUGCUGGACCUGGAGGGAUACUCACUGCCUCAGAUAGUUGAUGAAAUCAUUGAGCAGCAGAUAGACGAGGGCAUGUUGGCUCCUGAGCUGAGAGAGAAGAUCAGCUUUGUUCUCUUGAGAAAGCACAGGCACCAGACCAAGAAACCCAUUCACCGCUCUCUGGCCGACAUGGGCAAGGCCAGCGGUGGCGGCGUCGCCCGUAGUCCCGGUGCAGCAGCAGCCUUCAAUCGCUCCACAGAGGACCUCCGCAUGAAAUCCCAGUCAGGAGGCUAUGGACGCCUGCAUCAUGCCCAAAGUAGGAGUAUGAAUGACAUCGCAGACACUCCGAGCACAGACCAGCUAAGGAAUAAGUUCAUGAAAAAGAUACCUAGAGAUGCUGAGGCAUCUAAUGUCCUUGUGGGUGAAGUGGACUUCUUGGAGAAGCCCUUUGUAGCUUUUGUCCGCCUGGCUCAGGCCACCACUCUGGGAGGACUCACAGAGGUCCCUGUGCCCACUAGAUUCCUGUUUCUUCUGUUGGGGCCCACAGGAAAAGCCAAAUCCUAUAAUGAGAUCGGUCGUGCCAUAGCUACCCUGAUGGUGGAUGACCUCUUUAGCGAUGUGGCGUACAAAGCUAGAGAUCGAGAGGAUUUGAUUGCAGGUAUAGAUGAGUUCUUGGAUGAGGUGAUUGUGCUUCCUCCUGGAGAGUGGGACCCUAAAAUCCGCAUUGAACCCCCUAAGAAAGUACCCACCGCUGACAAGAGGAAGUCAGUGUUCUCUUUGAAUGAGCUGGGUCAGGCGAAUGGUACAGCAGGGGGAGGUGGGGGCCAUACCGAGGAUGAGGAGAUGCCAGUGGCUCACGAACUGGGAGAAGAGCUGUCACAUACUGGGAGGUUCUGUGGAGGUCUGUUCCUGGACAUCAAGAGAAAGUUGCCCUGGUUUCUUAGUGACUUCUAUGAGGGCUUCCACAUCCAGUCCAUCUCUGCUGUCCUCUUUAUCUACCUGGGCUGCGUCACCAAUGCCAUCACCUUCGGAGGCCUGCUGGGGGACGCCACAGACAACUACCAGGGUGUUAUGGAGAGUUUCCUGGGCACAGCGUUGUCAGGAACAGUGUUCUGCCUGCUAAGUGGUCAACCCCUUAUCAUCCUCAGCUCCACUGGACCAAUCCUCAUCUUUGAAAAACUGCUAUUUGAAUUCAGCAAGAACAAUGGUCUAGACUACAUGGAGCUACGUCUGUGGAUAGGAAUCCAUUCCUGUAUACAGUGCCUCCUUCUGGUUGCUACAGAUGCUAGCUACAUUAUCAAAUACAUGACUCGCUUCACCGAGGAGGGCUUCUCUAGCCUCAUCUCCUUUAUUUUCAUCUCUGAUGCAAUAAAAAAGAUGAUGGGCUCCUUCAAGUACUACCCUAUCAACACUGACUUCAAGCCUGACUAUGUCACCGCCUACAAGUGCGAGUGUCUGGCCCCAGACCCGAUGCCAGCGACAACUGAUAACACCUCUAGUCUCUUCGGGCUGAACAUUACAGGCCUGGACUGGAGCCAGCUCAGUAAGAAGGAGUGUGUAAAGUACGGAGGCUCUCUGGUUGGCAACACCUGUAAGUACGUCCCUGACCUGGCCCUCAUGUCCUUCAUCCUGUUCUUCGGGACCUACUCCAUGACUGUUUCCCUGAAGAAGUUCAAAUUCAGCCGCUACUUUCCUACCAAGAUGCGAAAGCUCAUCAGUGACUUCUCCAUCUUCAUGUCCAUUAUGACCUUUGUGGGUCUGGACAGGUUAAUUGGGCUCAAAACCCCCAAACUCAUCGUUCCUACAGAGUUUAAGCCCACACGUCCAGACCGUGGUUGGAUUGUGAUGCCGUUUGGGAAGAACCCAUGGUGGGUGUAUUUGGCCAGCUUCGUCCCAGCUCUGCUGGUCACCAUCCUCAUCUUCAUGGACCAGCAAAUUAGUGCUGUCAUUGUAAACAGGAAGGAGAACAAACUGAAGAAAGGUUGUGGCUACCAUCUCGACCUGUUCUGGGUGGGGGUACUGAUGGCCGCCUGCUCAUUCCUGGGCCUUCCCUGGUAUGUGGCCGCCACUGUCAUCUCCAUCGCCCACAUCGAUUCUCUGAAGAUGGAGAGUGAGUCCAGCGCCCCUGGGGAGCAACCCCAGUUCCUGGGUGUCAGGGAACAGAGACUAACAGGGAUUCUGGUGUUUGUUAUGACUGGGGUCUCCAUCUUCCUGGCUCCCAUUCUUCAGUACAUACCCAUGCCUGUCCUCUAUGGUGUGUUUCUCUACAUGGGCGUGGCGUCUCUCAGUGGAAUUCAGUUCUGGGAGAGGAUCAAGCUGUACAUGAUGCCGUCCAAGUACCAGCCAGACCUCCCUUUCCUGCGUCAUGUACCGCUGAGGAGGGUCCAUCUCUUCACCCUGGUCCAGGUCAUCUGUUUGGCUGUCCUAUGGGUGCUGAAGUCCACCGUCCUGGCCAUCCUCUUCCCUGUCAUGAUCCUGGGCUUGCUGUUGGUGCGUAAGAUGUUGGACAUGAUGUUCUCUCAGCACGACCUGGCCUGGAUAGAUGAUCUCUUACCUGGGAAAGACGAUAAGAAGGAUACCAAGAAAAAGGGGGAUAAAGAUAACAUGAAGAAGAAAGUCAAGAAGAAAGGGAGAGCAGACGAUAGCGAAGAUGAUGAGAAGUACCACUCUUACUCCAACUGCUCGCCCAGCUCAGAGUCUGACGUGGAUCGCAGCAUCACCCUGCAUCUGAAGAUCUCCUGUCCCUCGUCCCCGGCGAUCCCCGUGGCCCAUGGCCGUGGCAGGGCCUUCCCCGUGCCCCAGGUGAACAUCCAGGUGGAGUCGGACACAGACACUGACCGGCCCCGCCACAGGGACAUGAGCAGUGAAACAACACUGUAGGAACCCUGUAGACACAGACUGCCGAGCGAGAGCACGGACAUACGCGGGAGAGCCACAGGCGCUGUACGGGACACAGAACGCAGACCCGCACACACUAACACUUUUCUAGUAAUCCUGCUGAGGACAAUAGAAGGUGGCAUGGACUAACAGCUGACGGCACGUGGCACCUAAUGUAAAGUAAAUUAACUGGGAAUAAUACAUGUACAUGAAAUAACUUAGCACAUCUGUACAGUAAAUGUUUACUUGAUCUGGUUCGUCACAUAGCUAUUCCCAUGUACAUAAAAACCAAUCGACAGCUUGUGCUUUUAAACUAAGGCUCUUUGCUGAUGUAAACUGUCAUGGAUAUAUAUCUCCCUUGAAAACGGGUGGACUGGAUCAUUUUCGGGACACACACAGAAACUGUCGGAAAAAGGUGGAGGGAAUGAUCUAUACGUGCUGCAAAUGAGAAUAUAUUUUGUGUUAAGAUGUUUAUAUUUAUAUAAAUUACAAAAAAAGAUCUAUAGUAAACAUAGUAAGAAGUAUAAGAACACAAUAACUUGAAAUGUAAUCCAGAAAUCAAUGUCAGUGGUUGUACAAACGGCCUGUCUUUGUGACAAAUGAGUUCUAAAAUAUCCUCCUGCAAAGAAUUGUGUCUAAGCUGCACAGUUGUAUGGUGCCUGAAUAGCUUUCCUGUUCCCUUCUACCUUUUCCCUCUCACAUUUUCAAGCCACUGGGGAAAAAAAGAAACAACCAAAGAAUUUGAAUAGCCCACUAAAAUGAAUAUUGUUUUUAGUACUGAUUAGGAAUGAUUUGUUAAUGAGAUUUCUGAACAUGCUUUCAUUCCCUAGUGUGUUUAGAUGACUGCGGGCCCUUCAGGUGCAGACACUAAACAUCAGGGUGUAAGGAUGAACAGCUAUGGAGGUGGAGAUUCAAUGCUUCACAACAAGAGAGGAAUGCUUAUUAAAGGGGCAAUUCAAUAAGACAUAGCUGUGUUCUAUUAGAUUCAUUAUUAUAAAUAAUCCAUGAUUAUGUACCACUGUCUUAUGACUGUCUGUUAUUAAAUAUGUUGUUGAUCCUUUCACUAUUA